AUGUCAAAAUCACAUGCAGAUGUUUUGGAAAGUGCCAAGUGUCAGCAAAGGGAUGUGGGAAUUUACAUAGCAAUUUUGAAUCUACUCCACACAUAUUGCUAUUUAAACACUCACAGAAAACUAUUAUCUUCCCCUCACCCUCCACAAAGCAUCUCCAGGGCACAUAUUAUUGCGAGGCCUCUAUUUUCAUCCUCGCAACCGGUGUUCCGAGCUUACAGAGCUUAUCAUGUUUAUUAUAUAACAACAAGACAUAAGCCAAAACAACUUGGUGGGUUUUUAAACAUAGCAACAGCAGAAAUCUUUUCUGGGCUUGAGGAAGAGACACUUCAAAUGUCUACUAACUUCAGCAAUUUUCUGGUCUAUGGGAUGGAAACUGGUUGUGAAGGUUUUUAAGUACACUUACAGAAAACCCACCGCUCCACCGUCAGACACCGUGACGCAAAGUGCUCCCUGGUUGAGAAUCGCUGGCUGCCUCUCAAAGGAGUAUGGCCUGUGUGGCGAGUGCUCUUGGAGGAGAAAGAAAGGCACGAAACGGGGACCCUCCAAAGUUGCCACCGUGGUAUCACGCUGUGGCACCGGGCUUGUUCCUCCCUUGUGUUUCCUUUUCUAAUGGGGGAACCAUUAGCAGUUGUAUUCAGAUGA